GGAAGUGACGUCGUGGUCAGAGGUCACGGCACGCCACUAGGGAACUUGUUUCACAAUGCAGGAUAUUCUUUAUUAUCUUCGCUAAUUAUGGACUGUUGUAUUCUCUUGGCGCUCUGGUACUUAAUUCCACUUUACGCACUGAUUCAAACUUUGCGCUUCAUUUUUGCUGAUGCUGACUUCACUUUACUCUGGGCACGCAUGUUUGGGCGGAGACCAGAAACCGAAUUAAAAGGCUUGGUGGUCUGGAUCACUGGAGCAUCCAGUGGGAUAGGAGAGGAAUUGGCGUAUCAACUGGCAAAGUGUGGCUCUCGGCUCAUUCUUUCGGCCCGUCGUGUGGAUGAGCUUAAUAGAGUGAAACAACGGUGUAUGGAGUGUUCGCAUGUACAAGAGGAGGAUGUUCUUGUUCUUCAACUGGAUUUGCUGGAGAGAAAAUCCUUCAAGUCUAAAACGAACGCAGCUAUCCAGCACUUUGGCAAUAUCGAUAUCCUGAUUAAUAACGGGGGACGUAGCCAGCGGUCUCUGUGCUUGGAGACCAGCGAUGACGUUUAUGAUGCCUUGAUGGAGCUCAACUUCCUCGGCACCGUCUCCCUCACCAAACAAGUCCUGCCUCACAUGAUGCAGCGAGGAACGGGGAGUGUUGUGACUGUUAGCAGCGUGGCUGGCAUCAUCGGGGCUCCCCUGAGAGGAGGAUAUUCAGCCAGCAAACAUGCUCUCCAGGGCUUCUUCAACUGCCUUCGCUCUGAGCUGACGGACUAUCCGAAAAUACUCAUAAGCACCGUGUGUCCGGGGCCUGUGCAGUCAAAGAUCGUCGACAAUUGCUUCACAGAAGAGGUCGACAAGACGAUGGCCCAAGGACAGGACCAGCAGCACAAGAUGAGUACGAGCCGCUGUGGGCGGUGGAUCCUCGUGGGCAUGGCCAACCAGGCCAAGGAGAUGUGGAUAUCCGACCAGCCGGUCCUCGGCUUCUGCUACCUGUGGCAGUACGCCCCUACAUGGGCGUGGUUCCUCACCGCUAUGUUUGGCAAAAGAAUAGUGCAAAAUUUCAAAGCCGGUUUGGAUGCAGAGCGCUUGCACUUUGCAAAACCUAAGGCCAGCUGAGGAGCAACAAUGAAGAGGGAAAGUGCUUUAGUGACGUCUCGAAAAGCCUGCCCUGGAUAUUGAGACGGGGACUUCAAGGUCCUUUAACUGAUUGAAAGAAUCAGAAGAAUCAGAUUGGGAUAAUCCUAAGAAAGCCCUUAGUGAUAAAUCCUACAAUAUACAAGUACAGUUCUUCCAACAGCAACGGUAGUUAUUCUGAAUUUGAGUUAUUUACUAUCAUAAAGACACUCCUUUCCUAUUCAUGCAGCAAGUUUUUUUGGUUUAUUUUUAAUACCGAUUGCUUGAUUAAUGAACUGAAUUACAGAAUUUUCUCCACGAAUGUAAUUAUUUUCACUUGUACAGUUAAUUUUAAACCUAAGGCACACAUCCUUAAAUGGCUACUGGAUUUUUCCCUCACCAUUUCAGAGAAACAAUUAACUUAAUUAUGUUGGCUGUGUUGUGAAUCCGUGUUCGUCUCAGCAUCCGUAUUUUUCAUGAAAAGUUAAAUAACACCACAUGCAGGGAAAUCAUUCCAAGUAAAAUUACAAAUUCACAUUCUCUGACAUUCUGAAAUAUGCUUCUUUGUUUUAUCAAAUUAAAGUUGCCCUUUCGAAAUUCUGAGAGUAUUGCAUCGAUCAAAGAAGGUUUAAAUGUCUGGUUUAUUAAAUACUAAAACCCUAUUUCAUUGCACAACUGAGAACGUCUCAUUUGUGCAUAUGACAAUAAACACUUUGAAUUUAA